GCAAACGCUGCAUCUCUCAGGCUUCUCUCUUCCCUCUGGUUAAGAACACUCGUGUCCCGUUACGGAUAGUAGGAAAGUCCAGGUUCGAAUCUUGAUGGUCUUCUUAUGCUGCGCUUACUUUGUUGAUUCUGGAUUCUUUGGACCUAAACAGAAUGAAUGUUUUAGCUCAAGUACAGACCUUAAAGAAAUUGUAAGGAGAAAGGAAGAAUAAGAAAGAUAUUACGGAAGAAAUAGGGUAUACAGAGAGAAGAAAGCUUGGAAUAACAUCAAAGCGGGAGUCGAACACGUGGAGAUUGACUGAUAUUACACUGAACAACGAACAGCCUCCACAGAAGUGAAUGAAGAAAUUGGCCAAGAUAAUUUUUCUGAGUAGUUGUCACACAGAAUUCCUGAAGUGCAGAAAAGACAGUAGAAGAAAGCAAUUGCGGAGAAAAAAGGUAACCUCAAUCAGAGGUUCGUCGAGCAGGAAGUGUUUGAUGUCUUUGACGAAAGGAAUAUCGCGAUACAAGCCAUAAAGAAGAUUCUUUCUGAUCGUUCUUUUAUGGUCAGAUCAUUUUAACAUACUUAUUGUGCUGGUAAAUAAGUGCAUUUAAUGUUAUCUCAUGGCUUUGCAAACUCGCGAUAAGGUCGCUUCUUGAAUUAUGCUCCUGAUGAACUGAAGAAUCCUUGUUUAGUGAAGCUCAACUGACUAUAGACUAUAUAUGCUCAGGUUAUAAAAUUAUAUAUUCAGAAAUUUUUCUGUACUCGGUCUGUUUAAUCAAUUUGUUAAAUUUAUGUGUCGCAGUUAAUUCUUGGUUUUUUUUAUUUUAACAUGGAAACGUCUGAUAAGUUAAACAAAAGAAAGCGACGCUUUUCAGAUUGUUGGCUGAAAGAUGAACGAUUUAACACAUGGAUUCGUAAAGUACCAUUGGAUGAUAGCGUUUUUCACUGUAUUAUAUGCGAUAAAGAUUUUGCAUGCAGCUCGUCAUCACAUAUAGAAAGACAUGCCAGAUCUGAGCAGCAUAAAAAAAAUAUUGACAAAGAUCCAUUAGAACUUGAUGAAAGUUCUAAAAAAAAAUCACUUUGUAGAAAAAUGUUUAGGCCACAAUGGUUAGAGAUUGAGAGGUUUAAACCAUGGCUACGCGAAGUGGAGAAUGAUGCAAACGCUUUUUUUUGCGCAAUUUGUGAUAAAACUAUUACCGGUGGCUUGUCACAAAUUUGUCGUCACGCAAAGUCUAAUGCACAUAAGAGUAAAUGUGGCCAAAGUGAUACACCAAUAUACAUUACGAAUACGGAUGUAAAUUUACAAGUUGACGAAUCGCUUUUGCUGUUUGAGGAGCAAAAAAAAUCAGCCGAGAUUCGAUACGCUGCUUUAAUUGCCGACAAAAACAUCCCGCACGAAACGGCAAAGUUGAUACUCCAUUUUUUCCAAGAUGUAGCGAAAAAUCCCAAUGUACUAAAAAGCAUGAGCAUGGGGCGUACAAAAUGUACAAAUAUAAUUUCGAACGUCUUGUGUUCAGUAGAAACGGAUUACAUAGUGAGCAACAUUCAAAAUACCAAGUUUUUUGUUUUCAUCGAUGAAACAUCUGAUAUAUCUAACGAGAAGUGGAUGACGUUCCAUGUUCGAUAUGUUAAUCCUGAAACGUUACAAGUUCACUCACAAUUAAUAAAACUAGUUGACAUUGAUUCGGCAGAUUGCAGUACUGAAAAAUUAUUUGAUGUAUUUAAGAGAGAACUGCAGAAGCUCGAAAUACCUUUAUCUAAUAUUAUUGCUUUAUCGUGCGACUACGCAUCUCUCAUGCAAGGGAAACAUUUAGUCUUUAAAAGAUAUUUAGAAGAAAUGUGUACAAAUGUCUUAACACUAUCGUGUCCGUGUCUUUCUGUCGAAUUAGCCGCGGACGCUGCAUGUGCCAAAAUACCUCAGAUUUACGAAGACUUUGUAAAAAUAAUGGUGACUUAUAUUAACAGUAGUCCUAAGCGGACAGCUAUUUUUCGUGAAUUUUCUCAAUGUACUCAAGAAAGCAAUCAAAAAGUCUCAGAAUUAUCUGACACGCGAUGGCUGUCUCAUUACGCAUGUAUCGAACAACUUCUUGAUUCUUGGGACAUUAUAAAGCAUUUUUUAAGUGAAACGAUCAUAAAUGAAAAGACGGACACCGGAGACAAUUUAUUGAACGUAAUGGAAAGCGUGGAGAUAAAGGCAUAUUUGCUGUUCUUGAAAUACAUUUUGCAUUCCUUCAAUACGUUAAAUACAUUUUUCCAAGCUGCGGAAACCAGAAUUCACUUGUUACACUCCAAAUCUAUGAAUUUGCUAACUAAAAUUUGUACAAACUUUUUAAAGUCACAAGUUUUAAAGGAUUUGCCAAAUGUAACGUUUAGCAAAAGUGAAAAUCAUAAAAGUUUGAUUGAUAUUAAUUUAGGAUUGGAAUGCGAAGAAUACCUUUGCCAACUAAUGAAGGAUGGCAAUGCGAACGUGAUCGCGACUAUUCGCAAGAACUGUUUACAAUUUUAUGUUACCGCAGCCGAGGAAAUUUAUAACAGGUUACCAGUUAAUGAUGUAUUUUUUUCGAAAUUACAAGUUUUUCUACCGCACACAGCUUUAUUAAGUAAUGACAGGGCAACAACGUACAACGACGUUUCUUUCAUCGCCAGAACCAUCGGCGGUUUUAACGGAAACGGCUUGAAAAGAGAAUGGUUCAAAUUGAGUUCAGAUUUUACGAUACCAGAGAAACAAAGUUUGUCAAAAUUAAAUUUCGAUGACAUGUGGAUAAAAAUUUUACAAAGUCGAUAUUUAACUGAUGAAAUCAAAUAUCCGCAUUUACAAUCCCUCUUAAAUUCUAUCAGAGCGCUCCCAAAUUCGAAUACCAAUCCGGAUAGGAUAUUUUCACUUUUAACGGACAUUAAAUCGAAAAAACGAAACAAAUUGUCGUCGGCCGUUGCAAAUGCCACUUGUGUAUUAAAAUCGGCGUUAAAAGCAAGAGGGGAAACUGCUCUGACCAUGACAAUCGACGCAACACAUCUGUCUCUGAUGUCGUCGGAUAAAUUGUACGCUUAUUUUCCUAAGAAACCAAAAAAUAAGCCUCCAGAUGCGGACGACCCUCUUGCUGGACCCUCUUCAUCAAACGAUAUGCUAACAACGUAACUAUAACUGUAAUAAUGUAAAAAAAGUUCAUUGUUUCUCCACUUGUUUUUUUUUUCAUUAAUAAUGUAAAAAAGUUAAUUGUUUCUCCACUUGUUUUUUUCAUUAAUAAAAAAACUAUAGCUAUGUAAAAUAAAUAAAUUUAGUCCAUAUUCGUAGAUCAUUUUUAUUUGUAUUGUACAUUUAUGCCGCCAAUCUCCACGAAUGGGUUUCCACGUAGCCUCACGAAGCCCUCUAAUCCACUCUAAUCAGUGGCCAUAUUACCGGGAAGAUUUGUAUUCGCCAUUGGUAUCAAGUAAAACACCGGCGUGGCCGCUCUCAGAUUUCUCUCUG